CGCAUUUCGUAGUAGAAGAAGAAAAGGGCGGAAGUGGUCGUCGUUCGUUUUGCGGCUUAACGCGAAUGCGUCUCUGAACAUCUCGUUGUAACGAGUAGCAACAUGAACAACUGCAGCGAUGUCGACUCGUAUGAAAUCGAGGAGCCGAGCGACGAGGAGAGAGCGGCGAGCAGUUCGGAGGACGAGCUGGACGUGCUGCUGAGCGGCACCCCGGAGCAGAAGAAGAAGCUGAUCCGAGAGUACCUGACGGGCGAGAGCGAGUCGUCCAGCGACGAUGACUUUGAGAAGGAGAUGGAGGCCGAGCUCAGCUCCACCCUCAGGACCAUGGAGAACACCUGGGCGCCUGCUCGCGCAGCGGAAGGUUCCGGAAGCGCGGCCGACGGCUCAACGCGUGCCGAGCCCGAGACGUACGACAAGAUCUACUUUGACUCUGACGAAGAUGAAGACGACAAGCCCGGCGGUUCCGCCGGGCGGCGCAUGCUGACCAACGACGAGCUGCUGUACGACCCCGACGCCGACGAGCGGGAUCAGGCCUGGGUAGACGCCAGGCGGCGCGGGUACCGCAGGAAGCGCCCGACGACGCUCGCUCACCCGCGGAGCUCGCAACCCAAGAGUCUUCCCACUAGCGACGCCGUCCUCAACUGUCCCGCGUGCAUGACCACGCUUUGUCUUGACUGUCAGCGACAUGAGAAGUACCGCACGCAGUACCGCGCAAUGUUCGUCAUGAACUGCAGCGUGAACAAGGAGCAAGUUCUGCGCUACAAGAAGCAAGCGGACAGGACGUCGCGCAAGAGGAAACGCAGGAAAGAUGAGGCGGCGGCGGCGCCCGCCGGGAUGGACGCCGACGAGGUCUACUAUCCGGUGCGGUGCUCCGAGUGCUCCACGGAGGUGGCCGUGCUGGACGAGGACGACGUCUACCACUUCUUCAACAUUCUGUCCAGCCACUGCUGAGUUGGAGAGCAUCUCGGGAGGACUGUCGCUUUCGGACUGUUCGGCAGCAGCUCGAAAGCUUCUGCUAUCGCCCCCACAUCUUUGUGCGCAUGGUUUCUUCAGAAUCCGCCAUCAUCGUGUGUAUCAAAACUUGUGGGGUGAGGUGACACUUUUCCUUGUUGUUGUUGUUUUUUUUUUUUUUUGUUCUUAAAAGAAACGGCAGCGCACUUUCUGCUCACAAGAUUUUAGUCAAGAAUUUGUUUUUUUUUUUUACUUUGUACAUAUUUAAUGGAAAGGUUUGAAGUCCAUUGAGUCACAGAUCAGUGCAGCAUUCUCACAAUAUGAAAAGUCCAAACGUAUUUGCUGCUUACUCACUGCUAAUACAAAACAAAAA